AUGACAACCUCCACCGGAAUACCAAGCACGUACACCACGCGAUGGAACCCCCAGACUCAUCAGCCCUCUACCCUUACUCCCGGCUCCACGACUUCGAGCGACACUGCGGAUCUCGUUCAUCCUCGCAAGUAUAACACCUCCUGCAACUCAUGUCGGAAAUCGAGGGUCAAAUGUUCAGGCGGCGUCCCUUGUCGACGAUGCGUAUCCUCGUCAAACGCCUCUUCGUGCGUUUACAGCAUCUCUCAGCGACGGGGUAAACGCAAAGCAAGCGGCGAACCAUCAUACACGCCAGACGUUUCAAGACGUGUAGCGACUGGGGCGUUGAAUGUGGGGCUCCAUUCAGCUUUGGAUUUCGUGGCACAAAACAGUCAAACUGAGAACCCUGAGGCUCUCUUGUCUGGCAUUGACCACAACACUCUAUUUCAAAGCAAUACGUUUCAAGUUGAUCCAUCUUUGCUGCCAAACAACCUGACAGUUUUCACAAGCAACUCCCCGUCCCUCACAGACUUGAUUGACUCUCUUGACACUCCACCUCCGCCUUCUUCCUCAAGCCCCAGUCAAGGACAAAGGUGCCCGGGUUUAUGCUACAUCUUGAUCCACGAUAAAGCAAACAUUCUAAGCGACAUUUUCAACUCCCCAGGGCAAACAAGCCUCGAUGAAAUCCUGCGGUUGCUGCAGGAUGUAUAUCAACUCGCCACAAAAUAUCUCUCUUGUCCAAACUGCGACGCCGGUUGUCCCCGACUGAUGAACCUUGCUAUGCUUCACCAACGACAAGUUAACCUACUAUGCGAGAUUGCGAAAGCUCCUAGUGUGCAUCUCGAAAACGACACUACCCGUGUUGGGUUAGGGAUAUUUCAUCCAUCAAAGCAAGACGAUCUCUCACUCAAGCGAUUGAUGCUACAGAACGCAACGCGAGAUGUGGAAAUGUUGGUGGAAAAGUUUCAUCAAGGUGCUAGGGAAUUUGAGGAAAGAUACAUUGCGGGCACAUUAGAAUUGGGGGAUGCUGGCAAGUUGAAUCUGACGUGGUUGCUCGGUGUUGCCUCGAACCUCGAGAGACGACUUCAUUGCAUCAAAUUACUAUUGGAAAAGGAAGAUUGGGCUUCGGAGCUGAUCCGAUCAUGA